GACCUCAUGGACUCCAUCUUCGGGACUGGCGCCCGCGACGAACUCUUCUCGCCCGUCAACGGCAUCUUUCUCUAUCCGCUUAUAGAACGGGCUUUUGAUAGGGGCUUCUUGGUCAUCGAUUGGGAGACGAUUACUUCCAGAGAGUACCGUAUCAUAGUAGUAUUCUCAAAGGAGCUUUACAAUCUCGAGUUCAACAACUUGGCCGGCCUACACGGAGGCGGGUUACAGUUCCUGAACGAGUCGCGGCCCAGGGCUCGAUAUGUCUGGUGGACGUUUCUCAACGCCAUUACGCAGCUAACCUGGAAGGGAAUAGUCCUCAAGGGGACAAGGUACUGGGGUACUCACGGAAGAUACGUGAAGAAGAAUAUGCUCCUUGGCUUCGUCAAAGAAAUUGGACACGACGUCAGCAGUAUCGCUGAGUCAAUCAUGGAGCACGCUAUUGAGGAGGAGGAGGGAGGACCUGCCGAUCAGGGGCCUGAUAAGUUGGGGCUGGCGGUCAAACAUGACGGCUUUGACUAUGAGUUUGAGCUGGAGGAUGAGCUGGAGGAUAAGGGUGAAAGCGAGGAGGAUGACUAAGGGGGGAGUGUUCACAUCUAGUACGGAGGCUGGGGCAAAGAGAAAGGGCCACCCUUCACAGUUGCCAAAUUUUGAACUCCCAUAGGACCUACAGGAAUU